AUGGAGAAGACGAAUGCCAAAGACCAGUCCUCUCAGGGGGAUGAAGAGAAAGACCCUCCAAAGAGCCACCCUUACUCUGUGGAGACCCCAUAUGGCUUUCAUUUAGACCUGGACUUCCUCAAGUAUGUGGAUGACAUCGAGAAGGGAAACACCAUCAAAAGGAUUCCUAUCCACAGAAGGGCCAAGCAGGCCAAGUUUAGCACUUUGCCCCGAAACUUCAGCCUUCCCAACAGCGGGGCUCGCCCCCAGGCCGCCGUGCUUCUCCAGAACUGGUCCCCGGGGGUGCCGAGGAAAGUGUCGCUUGGGGCACAGGAGCGAACCCAGUCCCUGCUGCCCGGUACUGCGCCCCAGGCCGCAGCCAGCGGGAGCGAGCCGAGCUACCACCGGAGGGCAGUGCUGGCCGAGGCCGCCAGACAGCUGGAGGCAGCUGCUCCGGAGGGCGCUGAGCUGGGCUGCGGGAGUGGACGGCCCCAGCUUCUGCGCGCAUCCAGCAUGCCAGCCACGCUGCGGCAAAGCCGGGCCUCCGAGGAGCCCAGCCUAGGCUCGGGUGCCCCCGCGCCGCCCACCUCCCUUCCGCUUCAGGGCGAGGGCGGCAUCUGCUGUGAAGGAUUCGAGGGUUUUCGCAGCCCUAGCCCACCGGCGUCCCCGCAGCCCAAAGCGAGAGAACCGGGAGAGCCGGUGCCGGGAACCCCGGAGCUGGGCCGGGAGGGAGCCGAGCCUCCGGAGGGUGGCGUGACAGCCCCCAGCCGCCUCGCCCUCCCAGCUCCUCCUGCCUCGUUCCCGGGUGCACUCGCAGGGCCGGAGGAUGCGGAAGGCCAGCACGAGGUGGUGUUCUCCCCUGGCUCCCCCACGCCGAGCCCCCCGCCCCUGCCGUCGCCCAUCCCCGAGAGCGAGCUGCCCCUGGAAGACAUCGAGCUCAGCAUCAGCGAGAUCCCCCCGCCGCCGCCCGUGGAGGUGGACGUGAGAAGCGUUGGCGUCAGGGUCACCGAGGAGAGCCUGGGCCUGGCCGGGCCGGGUGCGGGCAGCGUCCCCAGCCUGCAGCGGCAGGUCUCGGCCCUCGAGGGUGAGUUGUCUGGAAGAACCCAGGAACUGGCACAGGUCAGGGCUGCCCUCCAGCAGCAGGAAGAGGAAGUGAAGGCCAGGGAGCAGAAGAUUCGAGAGCUGGAGCGCGCUGUCGCCCAGCUGGAAGAAAAGCUUAGCCAAGAGACCGCCGGAGAUGCUCAAGGCCAGACUGACGCCACGGUGAACACUGACCCUCUCCAUGGACUCUUGACCAGGGAGUCAUGUGACAAGAGCAUUGAGGUCAACCUUCUGGGCAUCACAGAAUCUGAAAGCUGGGGGGCCCAAGGAGGGGAGAAUGGUCUCCUAUGGGGGCUAGACAGUCACAAACAAGGGGAUCAGAGCCCAGCAGAACACGUGCUAUCUCCCCAGCUGUCACUGCUGCAGGGACCUGAGAAGGUCCUCUCCUCCUCUUUGCAAAGCUGUCUUUCCACCGAACUCAGGAUUGAAGAAGCAGGCGCAGAGCAGGAGGAAGGCCCUCCGGGAGGAGCCGAAGGCCUGGCCAGGGGAGCAGGAGGCUUUUCGUGGAGCCGUGACAGAAAGGCUCCCCCAGCAGGGAGGCAGGAGCCUAGUUCAGAGCUCCCAGGGAAGGAGCACCCGGGAAGGCCACCAAGCUCACCAACAGAUGCCACCCUUGGGCAAUACGUGAAGAAGAUCCAGGAGCUCCUGCAGGAGCAGUGGAGCUGCCUGGAGCACGGGUACCCGGAGCUGGCCAGCGCCAUCAGACAGCCGGCCUCUAAGCUGAGCAGCAUCCAGAGCCAGCUGCUGAGCUCCCUCAACCUGCUGCUGUCCGCCUACUCCGCCCAAGGCCCCCAGCACAAGGAGCCCCCGGCCUCCUCCUCCCCACCGAAGGAGAUCUCCCCGUCGACCAGCCUUAAAUCCAUAAUGAAAAAGAAAGACUAUGGCUUCCGUGCAGGAGGUAAUGGGACCAAAAAGAACCUUCAGUUUGUUGGGGUUAACGGUGGCUAUGAGACCACCUCGAGUGAGGAGACCAGCGGUGAGGACAGCUCCCCCGAGGACUUGUCAGACAGCGAGGCUGAGAAGAAAUGUGACGGCCCAGAACACAGGUGGACCGAGGACGCCCACCCCAGCUGCGAGGCCGGGCAGGGCGUCCCCGAGGGCACCCGCCACGCAGGCCAGGAAAGUGGGCCUGGGGAAGAAGCCCCCCACUCCAAGGCUGAGAGAUAUAAACCCUCAGAAGAAUUUCUUAAUGCAUGCCGGGCAUUGAGCCAACAUCUGCCGGAAACUGGGACCACGACUGACCAACUCUUGAGGCAAAGCUUGAACACCAUUAGUCAGGAGUGGUUCCGCGUCUCCAGCCGGAAGUCGUCCAGCCCUGCCGUGGUGGCUGCCUACCUGCACGGGGUCCAGCCUCACUCCCCACAUUUCCUGAAGCUGCUUGUCAACUUGGCUGAUCGCAACGGGAACACUGCCCUUCACUACAGCGUGUCCCACUCCAACUUCUCCAUCGCAAAGCUGCUGCUGGAGACAGGCGUCUGCAAUGUGGACCAUCAGAACAAAGCUGGCUACACUGCUGUGAUGAUCACUCCGUUGGCUUCUCCAGAGACCGAUGAAGACAUGGCUGUCGUCUGGAAGCUCUUAAGAGAAGGAAAUGUGAACAUCCAAGCUACUCAGGGAGGCCAGACUGCGCUGAUGCUGGGAGUCGGCCAUGACAGGGAGGACAUGGUUCAAGCGCUGCUGAGCUGCCAGGCAGAUGUCAACCUGCAGGACCACGACGGAUCCUCGGCCCUCAUGCUGGCCUGUCACCACGGCAACACCGACAUGGUGCGGCUGCUCCUGGCACACCCAGCCUGCGACAGCAGCCUGACUGACAAGGCUGGCCGCACAGCUUUGUCCAUCGUUCUGAGAUCACCCACCCAUAUGGAAAUUGCAGGGCUUCUGCGGGCCCACGCCGAGCAGGGCAGGUCCCUGGGGCCGUAGUGGCUGUAGAACUGGCAGCAGGAACAAAAAGCUCCUUCUCUGGGCUCCUCCCUCACCCUUGGAGAGGGCAGGGGUCACGGCCAGAGGGCCACCCCUCCAGAGAAGAAACUAUGUCAAAUAUGCACAUACAUUCCUGUCGAGUAAUUCUGCUCAUUAGGACGCUUUGUAGUUUUUGCCUUAGGCCAAGCCCCAAAACUACACGGGCUUCAGAACAGGGUUCAAGGUGCAAGGUACGGGCUGCAUUGGUGUCAUCCAAAAAUCCAAAGUAUCUUCAGCCUUGAAUUCCUCGUGACUGUACCCGUUGUAGCACCGUGUAGCAAGCAGGCAGGCAGGAGCACUGUAGCACAUUAGAAAAGCAAUACUUUUUACAUGGAAUUUUAAAGUGCACUGUCUUUUUGUUUUUUAAAAAAGUAUACAUAAAUAUGUCCCAUUGCAUAUGCAUGUCUAGAGAGGACGGGAGGGGAUUCAAGCCACCCCGCUGGCAAUCAUUCUCUAGGGGACCCUAGGAGAAUCACCAUGCACAUGGGUGAAACAGAGUAAGCUGAAUAAUCCACAUUUGGGGGCUUUGUUUCGAUGGCAUUGACAGAGAAAUCUUAAAUCAGAGGAGGUAGGAAGAAGCACAUUGGUGUCAAUGCCAAAGGUACAGUCUUGACCAUUUCUGAGUCAUUGAGUGGCUCCAAUUUGCUCCAAGGAAAUUAGAAUUAAUUAGAAAGUUCAAUCCAAUGACCCACACCACACAUAUUUAGACAGAGUCCGAUUAUAUCAGCUAUUCCGAACCUGUGAAAGAAAUGAAAGAAUCGGAGUGAGCUUCCUCCUGGGGAUGAGCUGUUGUCAUCUAGAUGGCGACACAUUUCCUCCAUAGCCUCAUCCACAGUGCUUCCCCCGCCCCCGCCGCCAUCCUUGAUGAGCGAACAUCUGCCCUGAGGUUUUCCGAGGCUCCUGGCUGCAGAGCCUCCCAGCCUGGCUGCAGCAGGAGCGUGGGACUGGGCAGGGCAGGGCAGGGCCGUCCCUGGACUGACAGCUUUCUCCACUGGACGGUUCUUUCCGAAGCUUCCAUAUGCCCAGGGGCCCGCACGUGCAUGGUUGCUAUUCAGUAGCUCACUUAAAGGUUAUCUGAAUGUGUUCUUUCUUAAAAUCUCUUAUGCAAAAACUCCCCCCUUAUAAAAACAGAGAGACCAAAAAACUUGAUGCUCCCCACACACAGGAAACUCAAAAGCUUGAGUUCCCAUUUUGGCUGGGAUUUGCCAAAAUGCCAAUUUGCUCGGUGCCCCUUGGGUGAAUCAAAGCUUCAUUGGGCCCCAGUUCCAUCAUCUCUAAAAACAGAAAUCUUCAUACGACCUACCUCCAGGGGGUGCUGCGCAAGGAGCAGCUGAUGGAAGUUUUGGAAUCCAAUUUGUAACCCAUUAAAGCUGUCUGCAGAACUGGUGCGGCAAACUUCUUUAUGCUGUUGUGAUUCAUAAGACAGGCUCCAAGUUCCAGAGCAGGAACAGUGACACGUGUUGAUCCUGCUCAGAGGUGGAGAGAAUGGAGCAAAUAAUGAGCUAAAAAUGCUUUAAGUGGGUUUAUUUUGACCUCAAAAUAUAUUGUAAGAGCAAGAGCCUACAUUAAUCAAUGGUCUCGCCCAGUGCUUUGCGUACAUGUAUGUGCAAACAAAUCACCCGAGAUCUUGCUGGAAAACGGUAGGUCGGGUGAGGCCUGAGAGUCUGCAUUCCUACCCAGCUCCCAGGAGACGCUGAUGCUGCCGGGCCACAGGCACACUGUGCGUAGCGAGGCUCUGGCCUCUCCUUAUUGUUUGUAUAUUAAAA